AUGGAAGUAUCCGACUUGCCCAUUUUAGAGUCCGAACAACUCUAUAAAAGUUUUAUCAAAAGUACCGACGAAGAAAAGCUCUCAGAGUUGUUGAUUGAUCACCCGGAGAGUUUCCCCGAACUGACGUCGAAGAACAAGAAUUACCUUAGUAAACUCAACUAUCAAUUUUUGGAGCUCGAUAGCAGAGAGAAGUUUCUACGGUAUCUAAACCUUGGAAGUAUAGUUAAGAAUGACGAAAUAGCGGAGAUUAAUAAGCAGAAUGAAUCACUUAGUCUAGAAAUCCAGAGGCAGCGCGAGCAGGUAGAUGUGUUAAAGGAGCAGGUCAACUUCAAGAGCGACAAGGUGAUCAAGAUCCUGAUUAAGGAAUGCAAGAAGCGAAACGAUACCACUCGACUUUUGGAGGAAGAGGUGGACAAUUUGCACAAGGAGAAGCAGGAAUUGGAUGACAUGAGUGUUAUUGAAGCCACCAACAGAGAGCUGUUUGUGGGGAAGAACGUGGAUCAGUUGGAGCAAAUGAUGGAAAGUUUAAAACAAGAGAUAGCAUUAUUGCAGAGUAAAGUUGCAGAAUUAGGAGUUGCAAGCAACAGUUCAGAGACCGAAAGGGAUCGGUUGGCCACAUAUUACAAGCAGUUGGAGUUAAAGAAGGCCGAGUUGCAAAAGCAGAUUUGGAACGAUCGAGGUUAUAAUGAAGACGAGGAGAAGAAAAGAAAGAUCUACGCGGGCGUCGAUGCAUUAAUAAGAAUAGAGAAGGAAUUUAGUCAAGAAGAGUGA